CGCGACUCGGAGACUGGAAGGCUCGGAGGCUGGAAGGCGCCUGCGCGACUCGGACGCUGGAAGGCGCCUGCGCGACUCGGACGCUGGAAGGCGCCUGCGCGACUCGACUCGGACGCUGGAAGGCGCCUGCGCGACUCGGAGACUGGCGCGGCCGGUUAGGCCUGGUAACGUGGGAGGAGCCCCGAGGCGCACCGUGGCUGGGGGUUUCGACUCCCCGGAGCUGAUAUCCAGGGCGGCUUUGAAGGAUAGGGCUGGGCCCAGAAUGAUUGACACGUGACCCCGCGCGCCAUUCCUAUUGGUUGCUUCGCAGAGGCUGCUUCCGCCCAUAAGAAAGAUGGCGGCUUCGAGAUUCGUACCGGAGGCCGGGUGUUUUUUUCCCCACCGUUCCCGGUUGUCUUAUUCGCCCCUUCCCGGAAGAAAGAUGGCGGCGGCCUGAGCCGAGUUCUGCGUAAGACUUGGCGGGCGCCCAGACCCGGCGCAUCAGAAGCCGGGGAGUCCCAUGGUCUGGCUGGUGGCAAUGACGCCCAGGCAGAGUUCCCUCUGUGGUCUAGCUGCUCAUGGCCUCUGGUUCUUGGGCCUUGUCCUUCUGAUGGAUGCAACCGCUAGACCUGCCAACCACUCAUCUACUCGGGAAAGAGCGGCUAACAGGGAGGAAAAUGAGAUCAUGCCCCCAGACCACCUGAAUGGGGUGAAGCUGGAGAUGGAUGGACACCUCAACAAGGACUUCCAUCAGGAGGUUUUCCUGGGAAAGGACAUGGAUGGGUUUGAUGAAGACUCAGAGCCACGGAGAAGCCGGAGGAAGCUGAUGGUCAUCUUUUCCAAGGUAGACGUGAACACUGACCGGAGGAUCAGCGCUAAGGAGAUGCAGCACUGGAUUAUGGAGAAAACAGCAGAGCACUUCCAGGAGGCCGUCAAGGAAAACAAACUGCACUUCAGGGCUGUGGACCCUGACGGUGACGGCCAUGUUUCCUGGGAUGAAUAUAAAGUGAAGUUUUUGGCAAGCAAAGGCCACAAUGAAAGGGAGAUUGCUGAAGCCAUCAAGAACCAUGAGGAGCUCAAAGUGGAUGAGGAGACACAGGAAGUCCUUGGGAACCUCAGAGACCGAUGGUAUCAGGCAGACAAUCCUCCUGCAGACCUGCUGCUGACUGAGGACGAGUUCCUUUCAUUCCUUCACCCUGAGCACAGCCGGGGCAUGCUCAAGUUCAUGGUCAAGGAGAUCUUUCGGGACUUGGAUCAGGAUGGUGAUAAGCAGUUAUCUCUGCCCGAGUUCAUCUCUCUGCCUGUGGGUACUGUUGAGAACCAACAAGGCCAAGACAUUGAUGACAACUGGGUGAAAGACAGAAAGAAGGAGUUUGAGGAACUGAUUGACUCUAACCAUGAUGGGAUUGUGACCAUGGAGGAGCUAGAGAACUACAUGGACCCCAUGAAUGAAUACAAUGCCCUCAACGAAGCCAAACAGAUGAUUGCCAUUGCUGAUGAGAACCAGAACCACCACCUGGAGCCCGAGGAGAUCCUCAAGUACAGUGAGUUCUUCACCGGCAGCAAGCUCAUGGACUAUGCCCGCAACGUGCAUGAAGAGUUCUGAGCAUGCCCCUCAGCUGGGGCCAGGUCGCCAGUGUCCUGUCUGACCCUUCCCAUGCUUCGAGGAGGCUAUGGUCCAGUGAGACCUGUGGAUGGCUGGGUCCAGAUUGGGUCUAAAAUGCUAUCUACCCUGAGUCCGGAGGCUUCCAUAGGCCCCAAGAAAGUGCUGUUCCAGAACCUCCUCCUUCUGUUGUGUCCAUAUGCUCUGGCUUAGCUCCUGCCAUGGCAUGGCCCAGGUUUAUUAAAGAUAUGCUUAAUAGGCUAUGUGUCCUCUCCAGCAUGUGUCUGAGGCAGUAGCCCUUCUGUACCAGUCAUGAGCUGAGCUGCAUUUGCUUGACCAAAUCUCUUUUCAGUUGUUAAAUUCUGUUUCUGAGAACUGCUUGGGAUGGUUGGUUCAGGUGAGGGUGCUGCACACAUGAGGGCCAGGAGCUCUGGGCUGGGCCCCUCUGUGUGCUUACCACACUGGGAAAUAAUGCAACUCUUGCAGUUUCCUUGAAAACUGAAAGAUUACGAUAAAGUUAGAUCAUAUUUCUCUGGAAAUGAUCAGCCCCACAGCCCUGGAGGUGCUGCCUCGUUGGUCUUGGAGGCCAUGGGAGUCGUCCCCAAACUCCUCAGAAACCCGCAGAGUCACUGUCUACCCUGUGAGAAAGUGCGGGUGCUUGUUGUAACAAGAAUCAUUACUUUAGCCAGCAGUAGUGGGUGGUGGUGCCACACACCUUAGUCACAGCACUCAGGAAGCAGAGGCAGGCAGCUCUCUUGAAUUUGAGACCAGCCUGGUCUACAGAGCUAGCUCCAGGACAUAACAUACAUCUCUGCUACACAGAGAAUCCCUUAUUUUGAAAAACAAAGCAUAUCAUUAUUUUAAAAUAGAAUUGCCUUUUUCUCACAUUGUCUCUCUCUCUGUUUCUGUCUGUCUCUUUCUCUCCCUCUCACCUUCUCUCUCUCUCUCUUUCUUUCUUUCUUUCUUUCUUUCUUUCUUUCUUUCUUUCUUUCUUUCUUUCUUUCUUUCUUUCUUUCUUGUUGUUUUUUGUUUCUUUUUUUUUUUUUUCCAGACAAGGUUUCUUUAUGUAGCCCUGGCUAUUCUGGAACUCAGUUAUCUACCUGCCUCUGCCUCUGCUUCUAAAGUGCUGGGAUUAAAGAUAUGCACUGCCACUGCCCAGCAAUACAUUGUCAUUCUUUAGAUGGGGAAAAAAAGGAAAAAGAAACACUGUGGGCUAGCUAGUUUACACUAGAAAUUUUUGAGGUGAACACUGGUUAAAGGGGUUAGUAGCUUUCAAUAAACAUUGAUUUUCCUCAUGAUAGAAGUGAAAAUAGGACCCAAAGGCCAGACAGGAAAGAGUACGAUGGGAUUUCAUGCACGAGAAAAGGUUAUGUGGGAUGAGGUUGGGCCUUGAGUGUGGGAGCAGCAGCAGAGUCUGAGCUAGGCAAGGUCUCUGGGCCAGUGCUCUUGAAGGUUUGUUUUGGCACUCAGGUCCCCUGCCUUGGUGUUAAAAGGGGAUAGAGUAGCUGUUAGGACAGCUGAGACCUCAUCACGAUCCCAGGCCUCUAGAUACCUGUGUGACCCAGUUUUCCCACAGGAAGCUACUUCUGUGUGUGGUGUUAGGUGUGUGGGGUGCAAAGCAUGGCAGCUCAUUAGUCAUUAGAGUGGAGGCACCGAGCUGAUUCCUAGGCAAAGAUGAGACUUGAAAACUCAGAAUGGUAAUGUGGACAGGAAGGUUUCAGCAGGUCCCAGAGUGGUCGGACACACAGCUUUUGAGUAUGGUUCUCUCAGUAGACUUUUAGACUUUGCCACCAUCCCUAUCCUGCUCUGCUCGUGCCUUGGCCUGGAGAUGGCAUCCAGGACCAUGUCUCCAGGAAAGGUGCAGAGCAUCCUUAGAAGCCCGCUAGAUACCUGACAGGUAGCUUAUAUAGUAGCGCCUGGUCUUUCAGAGGUUCUCAUUACUUCCUGUCUGGUACUCAAGGGGCAGCACCCUGUGGGAGUUGCUUUAGAUCCCUUGAACUGAAGGGAUGAGUGGGGCCUAGGAUUGCUAUCUUCCCUGCAGUUUUUAGGGGCAGCAGCUCAGUGGAUACAGUAAGGCCGGCUGCUGCUAGUGAUCUUUCCAGUACCAUGAAAACUACUCAGUUAAGCAGAAGGGACCUGCUGUCCUGUACAGAUCCUCUGCAGGGGAUUCUAGGAAUGAAGGACACAUCCAGGCUUCUCUGCACCUCUGUUCACCUGUGUGCAGAUGCUAAACUGUUUGGCCAAGUGUGACAGCCAAGGACAGCAGAGUUCCGAGGGGAGGGGGGGGGCCCUUAGGGUGGGGUGCUAACUGUUAAGCUACCUGGUCUUAGGACAGACCACCUGCCUUCCUUCCUGCUCACUAGGACUAGAGAAUGUUGCCCAGGAUUCCCUGAGGAUUCCUCUCCAGAGCCUUCACUGUACUCAGAAGCAUGGGGAGGGCAGUCUCUGUGACCACUUGGCCCGUUCUGGGUUUUUCUAUGUAUUCCCUAGCUCACCCUGACCUUCCAGGUUAGGUGUUUCCAUGAGAGGACUGGGGACUUCUGUUUUCACAUGUGAUCUUAGGUGGGGGAUUUCCAGCCCCAGUCCUAUUCCCUGCACUUAUUUUUAUUUAAACAGACUGUCUGUCUAUAUAACCCAGACUAGCAUGGAAUUCACAGCCAUCGUGUUUUAGUCUCCUGAAAACUGGGAUUACAGGUGUACACCACUAUGCAUAGCUAGCAUGUAAAUUCCCAGUUAGUUUGGGAAUUGAUAAUUAUGUCAUAUCACAGCUUAAAUGUGUAGUAAAGGCACUGCCCCCUGCUAACUCAUUUCCUCCUUCAGUGCAGUGGUUUGAGUGUAAGAAAAGAAGGCCCGCGUUGAGCUCACUGACACACACCUGUCGUCGCAGCAUUUGGGAGGUGGAGGCAGGAAGAUGGGGGGUACAAGGUCAUCGAGAUGGUUCACUCAGUAGAACUACUUGCCACAACCCAAAUUUGGUCCUCAGUAUCAACACCAUGCAGCUCACAACUGCCUAUAAUCUAGCUCUAGGGGGAUCAGACAUCUCUGGCCUCCUAGGGCCACGUGUAAGUCCCCUCCCCCAACAUACACACACACACACACACACACACACAGAGUUAAAAAUAAAUCUCUUUUUAAAAAUCUAAGCAUGGGCUACAGAAUGAGUUCAAAUGUUAGCCUGGGCAACUUAGUGAAACUGUUAAAAGAAAACAUGAAGAGAGCUGUGGCUCUAGCUCAGUGGUCGAACGCUGCCCAGCAAGUAAAACGCUUAGGCUCUUAGCAUUAUAAAAAAGGAAGGAGAAUAAAUCCACUGGCACGGAGAGAUGGCUAAGUAGUUAAGCUUGUACUGCUCUCUUGGGUGUUUUUGUUUUUGAGACAAAGUCUCUCUUAUACAAUCUGGCUGCCCUGAGACUUAACUAUGUAGACUGGGCAGAGCUGCCUGCUUCCAUCUCCUGAGUACUGGCUUUAAAGAAGUGUACUGCCAUGCCCAGUGGUAAGAGCAUGCGUUCUUGCAGAGAACCAAAGUUCAGUUUCCAGCACUCAUGAUGGUGGUUCACCACUGCCUAUAACUCUAGCUCUUCUGACUUCCCUGGGCAUUAUACUUACCAUACAUAUACCCUUCCCCCUCAAAAAAGAAAUAAAAUUAAAAAUAAAUUUUUUUCUUAA